AUGGCAAGCCGACCGCAAUCAACUCACGAAUUACAGACGAAAACACUGGAUGUAUCGGUUGAAAUCAAAAAUAACCUGAUGACACUCACAGGAAAUACGUCUAAAGACGCUAAGGAAGCUGCCAUUCUCUACUUUCGACAAAUAUUCUCUGGUGAAGAACAGAACUUUGAAUUUUUUCUUGAUUAUGAAAUUCUGAUCAAAAGCUUGUUGAAAUACAUGCAAUCUCAAAUCUCUUUUAUCGAAACGGAAGAGAAAGACAACAUGCGUCUGUUGGAUGCUGCCUGGAUUAUAACGAACAUCAGUUGUAUUUCUAAUGAGCAAUGUCAUGUUAUUGUAGAGAAUGAUGCUAUAAAAAUAUUAUUCGACGUUGCGCUCAACAGCCCUCGUUCAAGUCAAUUGCGAGCGCAAGCAAUAUGGGCUUUAGGUAACAUUGCUGCUGAUUGUCAGGUGUGCAAACUUGAUUGUCGUACCAUUCCAAUACUCGAGCUGUUAGCUGAUAUACUAAUGUCUAAAGAAUACGGGAGAGAUGCUCAAGUUGUUCGCAACAUCGUAUGGUGUUCAUUGAACAUAAUCAGAGGUGGAAUUCCUAAUCUCUCACUAGUAGUUGUCAUGGAGCUGGUUAGAGGAUGUUUCGAAACAAUAAAAUUAUUUCCGCAAAAUACCGUCAUUACGAAAGAUUGUCUUUGGACUAUUGCGGCAUUGGCUGAUGAUAUGAACAGUGGACGACAUAUCGAAGUGGUUACUAAUCAGCCAAACCUUAUCAAUUACAUCUUCACGCUGUUUCAUCAAGAUAAUGUCUCGUAUAUGCAUGGUUGCCUUCGCAUUCUCGGAAAUAUUGCUACAGGAAACGACAGACAAACGGAGACUGUUCUAAGCCAUCCUCUCUUUUACGAGACCAUCCUGAAAGCCUUAGACUCGCCGUUAAAGUAUCUGAACCGCGAAGCUGCAUGGAUUUGUUCAAACGUUGCUGCUGGUAACUUUGAGCAUGUGGAUAGUUUGUUUGAGGAUAAUCUAAUCCUCAAACACAUUAUGAGAGGAGCUUCUGAUGAGAUCACAGAUAGUAAAAUGCAGAAAGAAUGCCUUUGGACUAUCGCCAAUAUGCUAACUGCAGCAAGCCGCGAGAGAAGCUCUUUCCUCAUAGCAGCAGGGAUAAUAACUGUUUUUCCUUAUUUACUGCAAUCUAAAGAUAUUCGAAUCGUCGAGAGAUCUGUUUCCUGCUUACGGAUGAUUAUAACAGAUCAUCCUCACUAUAUAGGAUACGUGAUGAGGACCAAAAUGCUUGAGAGAAUUGAAGACGUUUUCCUGGAGAUGGAUCAGAACCUACGAACAAGCAAAGAACAUAUUACGAUCCUCAUGAAAGACUAUACAUGUAAGCCAGCUUUGCCAGCCCAUACAUUCCGCUUAAUUAGAAGUUAA